CGGAGGUGCGAAUCUUUUCGUCCAGCAACUCCAGCUUGCUUCCAAAAGAUGAGUAAAUCCAAAACUAACAGAUCCCAGACACUGGCGGCCAACCUCUCCGGCUCGAGGCAGGGAAAAAGGUCUGCUAGAUUCAAAACUUUCGAAAGCCCCGGGAACGAACUCAGCUUUGGACUUCCAAUCUUCCUGGAUCCUCCUCUGAGAACUGCCAUCAGUCACACAAUCACGCGCCUUCGGAGGUGAGAAAUAUAUUCACUUGGAGAGGAGCUUUACACAUGUAGUGGUGCUGCUAUCACCGCAGUAGAAUCCAGACGAAACAAAACCUCGUCACUCCUUUGCAGUUUCAUAAAAAAAAGUGGAUAGGGAGACCUCAUAACUCCGCCCUACGGGUUGACGGAAAGCAUCUGAAAUCCCCAAAUGAAUACAUGUGUUGACUGCAGUUGGUCCGUAACGCAGUCCGACUUCUCCCCCCGCCAAUUUGACCCGCUUACCUCCUUGACUAAUUCUCAUCCUAAGAAGUGUGGACGGGGUUGGAUACACAACUAGAACGCUGCAUCAAGUAUGGGCCUCCAAACCUGAUUCGUGGAGGUCGCUCCAAGGGCUCCGGCUCCCGGUCCCUUUGACUUGGAGCCAGCAUCGACUGGUCUCAGAUCGAAAUAGUCUGUCUAAGUAUAGGCAGCAGCUGCUCACACUACGUCUGGUCCUCUUCCCUACAGUAGGGCACUGAUUCCUGUAUGUAAUAGUUCCGAAGAGGAAAUGUGCCAGCCACAAGAGGCUGGUAUGGACGGAAUCUGCUAUUUUAUUUGAACAUGUGAGGGCGGACAGACCUUGGAGCUGCAUGCUCCUAACCUAACUUGCGAGCGUGGUGAGGGUCUGGUCUGUCUGGUAGUGCGACCAGAACGAUUUGCGUGGAAAAUACUAGGUACAGUGGAGAAAUGCCCUGGAAGCCUACUGCAAGUGGUGACCGAGUUGUUGAUGGAUGCGUGCUUGUGCACAUUGUCAGUCACGGUGUGCCGGGAAGGUGAAGAUUCAUUCGUGACUCCACUUACUCGAGGGGUCUUGAAUCCCGAAAGAAGAAGUGGGAAUAACAAUCCUGAAGCCUGGUGCUUCCGUCCGCGAAUCGUCUGAAAGCUCGGAACGAGUUUCACUCAAAUGCUCUUCUUAAGGUUUGGAGUCCCUGUUCGCGCCAUUUCUCUACAGAGAGAACACGUGUAGAGAUCGAGGGCGUUCGCUGCAGCUGCUUUAAUGUUUGUGUGGUGGUGGGACCUGUGGUUACACUUGCGCACAGCCGGCGUGUCUGCUUGGUUCCUGUCCAUUCUCGUUUGCGUUAGUUCUGGUCCGGAAAAAUUACUUCUUCUUCCUCCUUCCUUUGAACAUCUGGAGUUUUUGCAGUUCACAUAGCUCUCUCCUCUCGACCUUUCUCACUUGUCUCCGCUCGACUGAUCAUCUUGAUUUGGAAUCAGUUCAGAGGAUGACAGGAAGUUGUACGGGUCCGCACAGAUCAUUUUAGAACCGAGAGCGAAUGCUUAUGUUCACUCUGCGGUCUUAAAGAUACUGUACUUUUAGGAAGCUGUUAUGAGGCUGUAUUGUCAGGGGCGACUUCGAUCCAGGCACGAUGCGUAAAAUUAGAGGGAGCUGCACAAUCUGAGCUUCGGAAGCUUGGUUGAUCUUGCCAGGAUAUGCUUGUGCUCACUUGGGCGCCCUUUAAGUCAGUUCAGGUUUGCAGGUUUUAAAUGUAUUCCCCGUUGUGACACUCACUAGAUUGGUAAAAGUAGGGAAUCUGGAUAUGGUCGUGCAAUUUCGUGUUUCGCAUCUAUAGAUCUGAGAUGAAAAACAAUCCCUGGAUCGUCUCAUCCAGUGAAGGAAAUGAGCAGCUGAUUCUCACCGAUUCAGCUGAUUAUCGAUUUGGACGAAGAUAUCUGGAUUCUCUCGCUUCCUCCCAUUCGAUCUGGUCAGAUGCAGUCACGGAAAAAAGUAGUGCGUUUUGUACAGGAUACGAUAUUUGAAAAGAGGAAGGCCAAAGAUAUGAGAUCAUACGUUUAGACCUCUGGACAUAGUCACAUUCUCAAGGAAUCGCCACAAUUCUUGACGGGAAGGACCGUGUUGAGUUGGGGAACAGUGCCUCCUCGCCAGCCUGCGAUAGAUACUGAAACAGAUCGGAGCGGUCUUUCGUCAUAGGAACGGAAACGGAGAAGCUGCAGACUUCUGACCCAAGGGUGGAACUGGGAGCUAGAUAAACCGGUGGAACGAACGAGUUUUUCAAGAUGGUAGUCAUAAUCCGCAAGAAGUUCAAGCCUGCACAACAUCAGCAACGAAGGCUUUUGUUGGCGGGAGGAGUUUUGAGUUUGGUCGCUCUAUCGAUGCUUGGAAUCUCCAUUGCGUAUCUGUAUACGCCACAUCGAAUAACUCCGUGCGGCUUGGUGGGAGAUCUGUGCGUCAAAAGUUCCUAUCCACCUCCUCCGCCCCCUUUGAGGACGUUCAGCGAUGAAGAAGUCGCGUCGCGUGCUGUUGCCAAGGAUAUCUUGUCUCAACGCAGAAUGUAUCAAGGGGGGACACCCAAAAUUGCAUUCAUGUUUUUAACACCAGGCCCCUUACCGUUCGAGUUCAUCUGGGAAGCGUUUUUUAAGGGACACGAGGGCUUGUAUUCCAUAUAUGUCCACGCUUCCGAACGCAACACCUUGAAGAGCAUCUGGAGGAGUCGCGUGUUUGCCGAUCGUGAAAUUCCAAGCGACAAGGUAUACUGGGGAAGAAUAGAAAUGAUUGACGCAGAACGGCGGCUUCUGUCAAGAGCCCUUUUAGAUCUGAACAAUCACUUUUUUGUGCUUCUAUCAGAGUCGUGCAUCCCAUUACGUGAAUUCACCUAUAUUUACAGUGCCUUGAUGAACUCUACGUUCAGCUUCGUUGACAACUUUGAUGAUCCCGGACCUCAUGGAUUGGGACGAUACAUAGAGGAUAAAAUGACACCUGAAGUACAACCUUAUGACUGGAGGAAAGGAGCUCAGUGGUUUGCAGUGAUGCGACGACAUGCCGUUCUUUUAGUAUCAGAUUAUCUCUACUACAUGAAGUUUAGAGACUUCUGCAAGCCUGGAGAGGAGAAUCACAAUUGCUAUCCUGACGAGCAUUAUGUUCAAACAUAUCUACACAUGGUGGAUCCAGGUGGGUUGUCAAAUUGGACCUUGACACAUGUGGAUUGGUCUGAGGGCGGAUGGCAUCCGAAGUCAUACGGCAAGGAGGAUAUUACUGUUGAGACGCUGCGACAUCUCCAGAGUAUUGACGAGCAUGUCCAUGUAACAAGUGAUGCAGCCGCCACAAUGACAACCGUGCCGUGCUUGUGGGACGGAGAGCAUAAGCCAUGUUUCCUGUUUGCACGCAAAUUUUUGGCCGAGACUGCUGAGGCCCUUGCUGAUGUACUUCCCCAAGUUACAAAAACUGCUUCCAGCGAUGGUAUCCAAGUGAGGAAACUAGAGGUAACUCAUCGACCGCAGCCAGUGAGACUUGGAACUCGGCUUACUCGAAUCAGUUUUACAGAGUAAGUGACAAAUGUAAAUGUGGCAAGACACAAUCGUGCCCCUGAUUACAGAAAUUCGCAAGACCUUGCCUUUGCUUGCUAUAAUAGGCUUCCGCUGUAAGUCAAUCUGCCGUUUACAUUUAGAAGGUCGUCAAGUGUCUCCACUCCAAAAACUGUUCGUAUCUUGCAUGCCGUAUGAUGGUUGCCUACUGAUGGCCAUGUUCAACCUUGUAUAGAGCUAAUACAAGCAUGAUCAUAACUGCACCCUUAAGUUUGUUUAUGAUUGUUGAGCCUGCUUGGUGUUGCGGAUCCUCACAUCACGUUGUUACGAGUGACUUGGUAGUUCGAACUGACAAUGAAGAGUACACGGAACUUGAUGCAACAUGACCAGGUAUUUAUUCCCAGUGUCUCGUAGACAGUUUCUUCAACAGCUGUGUUUUGCUCCCUCUAUUUUAUGCGACGAUGGAAUAUUAUCGAUUGCACUGUUCUCGUUGUAAAGCUGGCGAAUGUGGAAGCGCAUCAUGGCAAAUGACUUGUGAGUUCGGAACGCUCAGUGAGCUUUUCUCGCAUACCCAUCUCAUCGGAUAUUUGGAAGGAGUUUGAGUAUCUUGGAUUGACUUAUUUCUAUAUGCCAUGUUUGUAUGUGGAUUGACCAGGGCAUAAAACUAGAAUUUGCUUCCGUGAAGCUACUGUUCCGAACCAUUUCGAAUCAACAACAAGGCGAUUUGCAAUCGUUUUGUAACUACGCGAUGGUGGUUGCUGUAUAAGUCGGAGUGUUGGAAGGCUGACGAGGUCAGAGGGAGUCAAUCUUGAUCAACAGUGCAUACGGUGCAUUUCUCAAUUGAGGCUUUUCUUUGAUGAGAGGGUUGUUACUUGGAGUCAUUCCAAGGGGAAUACAAGUAACUCGCGACUAUUUUCUUUCUUUAGUCUCUGAGAGCUCUUGCAGUUUGAUCACAGUUGAGUCUUAUAUCUACCUUCAUAGUUCUGACUUACGACGAUGUAAUAGCAAGGCUGCUGUCGAUACUCUCGAUACUGACGAUGGUGGUCACCAUUCAAUCAUUCGGGUUUGGAAAACAAACCUCAUAUAUUCUGUAGUAUAGCCCAAUACAUCCUUCUUGUUUCUUACCGCCGCACUUCAUAUAAUGCGGCGUUGGUAUGUCUUGCAAGUAAUGGGACAUGUAUCGGAACCGUCUUGGUUUACAGAUGGCACCAAUCAGUGGGUCAAGUCUAUUGUGUUCUUACGACAGUAGGAGCGGUUCGUUUUAUUAGUCAAUCGACGACACAUCAGCUGAUUCAGUUGUUGUCUUCUAAUUUUUCCUGAAAAUAUCAAAGUAUUGGUGAUGAAGUAAGGGUACGUAGUCAAGAUUGCUAAUGACAUUGUUUCUUAGUGAGCCUUUCAUAAACUAGUCACUCUGAGGCUGUUUAGUUUCAAGGAUGCAAUUCAUAGUUUGAGCAGAGACUUUCAGGUUCGUUUAUAGUUCAUAAUUGUCUUGCCGGCUGUUCUAACAUCGUUCUGGU